CGAUCGAAUAUAUCUCCCAACUGGAAAAGAUGCUCACCAGUGCCCGUCGCGAUAACGAUGUGCUACGAUCCGAAAUUGAAGAGAUGCGCAGCCAGCUCAACCAGCAGCAACCCAACGCACAAUCUCGACCACCGUCCAUAUUCGAACACCACCCAAUGGCCCCACAGCCAAAUGGUCAAACACAUGGCCCCAUAUACGCCAACUACGCCCCGGGACCUGGGAUGGUUCAGGAACAACCGCGAACGUUGCCGCCUCUCAUGAACGGAUCUGUGGCCCCAAUGCAGGGCGUACAAUAUACAGAUGAACGACGGUAA